CUUCUUCCUGAUUGACUCGUUCCGACGCUAAAGGAAAUUUGCUUGGAAAACCGUACUCGAAGACAACGACAGAGUUAGACCUCAUAAUUUUACUUCUCUUCGACGGAAAAGCCUUGUUCCUUUCAGCCUCUUAGGAAUUUCCUUUGCCGCUGCAGUGAGUAAAGGUCCGCUGAGGACACAGCGAGUCAUUUCAAGGCGGGAAUGAGACCCCCCCACCGCUGAGGUCACGAUGAGAGAAUGGUGGAUCCAUGUGGGUUUGAUCUGCGUCCCGCUGGUGGCCGUCUACCUGCACAUCCCGCCCCCUCAGCUCUCACCUGCCUUGCAGAAGUGGCACAACGCCGGGCAGGUCUUCCACUUCCGAGGCAGCAGAAUCUUCUACAGAGAAUCCUAUGGUGCUCUGGGAAGCUCAGAUGUUGUGAUUCUUCUCCAUGGAUUUCCCACGUCCAGCUAUGAUUGGAACAAGAUUUGGGAUCCCCUCGCUCAGCGCUUCCACAGAGUCAUUGCCCUGGAUUUCCUAGGUUUUGGCUUCAGCGACAAGCCGAGACCCCACAGGUACUCCAUCUUUGAGCAGGCCAGUUUAGUGGAGGCCCUGGUGGCCCAUUUGGGCCUCGGCAAUCAGCGUGUGAAUCUGGUUUCCCAUGACUACGGGGAUACUGUCGCUCUGGAGCUGCUGUACAGGAGUGACCACAAUCGCACCGGCCACCUGACCUUAAACAGUCUUUGUCUUUCUAACGGAGGACUUUUUCCAGAAACACAUCACCCCCGUUUGCUCCAGAGGAUUCUCAAAGACUCCAGCUUCCUGGCUCCAGUUCUGAUGCGUCUCACCAACUUCAUGAUCUUCCAAAGGGGGAUAGGAGAAGUGUUUGGGCCGUACACACAGCCCACAGAUGCUGAGUUCUGGGACAUGUGGACGGGUUUGCGCUACAAUGACGGCAACUUGGUACUGGACAGCAUUCUCCAGUAUAUCAACCAGAGGCUGAAGCACAGAGACCGAUGGGUGGGCGCGCUUACUUCUACAUUCAUCCCAUUGCACAUGAUCUACGGACCUCUGGACCCAGUCAACCCUCAUCCCCAGUUCAUUCGGCUGUACCAGCGUGAAGUUCAGAGGUCAACUGUGACGGUUUUGGAUGAACACAUCAGCCACUACCUUCAGCUGGAAGACCCCACCAGAUUCUUAAAUGCAUAUUUUAAUUUUAUUCACUCUUUCUGAAAGAAUGCUAAAACUGAUGCAGAAAAUCACAGAAAUGACCCAUGAAUUUCCUGAAGGAGUGACUUGUGACCAAUAAGACAAGACGAUCUCCUCCGUGGUUUAGUUCUAAAAUCAGCCACUUCCUGAAUGACUUGAUCAUUUUAUACAUUUCUUUUGAUGUCAGUGACUCAAUGAAAUGCCAUCCUUUCUUUAAAUAAAAUUAGUUUUGUAAAGAAAA